AUGCCCGCAUCAACCUCCGCCCCAUCCAAACCACCCGCAAAGAACGUUCCCAACCCACGCCGUCUGCUAAUCCUCACCCCGCCAACACAAUCACCCUCGAUCAUUCCCCCUCUACUACACACUCUAAGCGGUGUCCCCGUAGCAGACUUCCCAAAUACACAGCCAGUCCCCGACCCAUCAAAAGACAAACAGCAAGAGACGCAAUCUCAAUCAAAAACGCAGCCCGAGCAGCCCGAGACGGAGACGGCUUCAGAACCAACAUCUCCCCAACCCUCCUUCGCAGGCUACACAACCCACAGCCCCCUCCGUCUAAGCACAAAAUACUACACAGCCGAAGUACCAAUCUGGGUCGACGAAGUUCCCCUCCUCCCCGCGCCAAAGACCACCUCCACCUCCACCUCCACCCCCGACUCGAGUUCCGGCUCCGCAAUAUGGAAAAACGACUUCCUCAGCGAGGAGGCGCAAAUCGUCCGUGAAGCCGUCGGCGCUCUAGUCGUCGCUGUGCGGGCCCCCGUUCCGCGCAAAGAUGCAAGUGCAGACGUGGAUGUCGCUCAGUCUGAAGAUUUCCUUGCGCUGAGCGCGCUGAUGUGUGAUAUUGGGGCUGUGAAGAGCUGUAUUGAUGAGGAGCGGGGUGGGAUGGAUGUUCCUGGUGUAUUUCUGCUUGUUGGGGCUGGUGGGAAGUCGAGUCCUGUGUCUGCUUCUGCGUCUGCGCAGGACCCUGAAGAUGAUGUGGGGGAUGAGCUUGGGGGGAGAUAUACCGCUCUCAGUGGGGUGGUUGUUGAGUGGGAUCCGCUUGGGGAGGAGAAAGAGAAGACGAGGAAUAAGUUUGGUGAAUACGAGGGCAUGCCUAGGGUUAAGGAGGUUCUUGAAACGCAUGAUUGGAGUGCUGCGGGAGAGGAUGGUCUUGAUGAGGACCUUGAGGCAGAAUUGCUUGGAUUCGAUAAGGAGGGUGGUAGUGGGUUUGGAAUGGAGGUGAAUGAGUUGGAGCGUGAAAUGUUUGGUCUGCGGAUGGCGAUUGAACGGGGUGGUGGUGAUGGGGAGAGUGACGGUGAGGAGGAAGAGGAUAAAGUUGAGUCGAUGGAGUCAUUGAUCAUGCGCAUGCAAUCUCUACGAGAUAUGGGCGCUGAAUUGCCAGACAGUGAGCGAAGGAAGUUUGCUGCGAAGGCGGUGCAGGAUAUAAUGCGUGAGUUGUGA